GCCGGAGCUGCGUUGCGCGUAUGCAUGUGUUGCCUAGUUUGGAUGCCGAGACAUCUUGGGUCGUGGGUGUGGGGUUGGUCUUUGCCUUUUUUUCAUUCCUUUCGCUCUUGUUGGUGUCUCUUCGACAACUGCCCGCUUGUUGUUGUAUGGUUGGCGUUGUGGCCGCUCGUCGGACUUGUUCUGCUGCUGCUGCUGCUGCUGCUACCCUCGUUGACGGUGGCGGAAGCACCAAGUGCCUUCUCAUCGGCAUCAACUACAUCGGGCAGCAGGGAGAGCUGGCUGGCUGCCACAACGACGUGGACAUGAUGAAGGAGUACAUCACCACCCACGGGUACAGCAUGGACCCAGCGGACUGCAAGGUCCUGAUGGACGACAAUGUCCACGACAUGCCCGACCGCAAGGGCGUCAUCGAAGGGUUCAGGUACGACGGGGGCCACGGCGGCUCCGUGAAGGACACCUCGGGGGAUGAGGCCGACAACAUGGACGAGACGCUGGUGCCCGUCGACUACAAGUCGUCUGGGCAGAUCACUGACGACGAGAUCCUUGAGGAGCUGGUGAUGGUCCUGCCCGAGGGAGUUACGUUGACCGUGGUGAUGGACUGCUGCCACAGCGGUUCGAUCCUCGACCUGCCCUACGCGCUCAAGGCGAACGAGGGAACCAUUAGUGCGGUGGAGGCUGGCGAGGUGUCGUCGACGAUCAGCGCUAACCCUAGCUUUGCGAAGGUGGGCUAAGAGGGACGUCCAAUGGUCAUCCCACUCUUCAGGAAAUGUACAUGCAAACUUACAGAGAACUUGUACCCGUUCGUGAUGUAGCCACAGUGGCCGAAGGGGACGUGUUGAGUCUUUGCUGUUCGUGGCUGUUUGUUAUGCUGGCCUUGCUGUUGUUGUCGGUAGUGGUGAAAAACCGGCCCCGUCAGAAGUGACUAAUCAAGGCAUUCGUCGGGCAAUCUUGCAACACUUACGUUUUCUCUGGUCGACACGUCCGCACCGUCAAAAGUCUUGUCCGUUGUUUUGAGUCGUUGUGGGCGGCGUUGCGGGAGAGCACUUCUGUUCAUCUUGUAACGCGUUUGGCCCUGUUCAUCCAGACUUGAGGGGACAAUGAUGUCUUAUGUGUUGCGGUCCAUUUGGUAUCCCCUUACGUGUCCCACAGCCUCGAAUACUUUUUUGCUUGCGGCGAUCCCAUGGCUCAAACUUGCUGGAGAGGAUUNGCGCGGUAGUGAUCGGCGUCCGAACGGCUGACGAGGAGACAAGCACGCAAGGGGGGAGGGAAGUAGGGGGCGGUACACUUCCAAACGAAUCCCCGACCUAUUGUGUACUUUCAUUGCCGAAGGGCGUGAAGAAUGCUACACUCCCGAGUCGCGAUUUGUUGGAGAGUUUUUGAAAGUUUUUCUUGUGUCCACUAAUCAUUUGGUCCGUUCCGUGGGGUAUAGGGUGAUCGAAUGAACAAGCGAUCUACCGCACAGCCCUGAAUAGGAAGAAGUCGACCUUCCGACCCGCCAUGGUUGUCCUCUCCUUUGAUCCGUCCCCUUCCCUUCGUCCGUAUCUCAAAAAGUCUUUCACGGUUCGGAAGGUUUGUUGCGCGGACACGAAUUGUAUUUGCCACGAGUUACUUGAGUCGAAGCAGAUAGCGAUGUGCCCAUAAACAAGGUUGGCUCUGCGGGGCAGUCAUUUGAGAAAAAUAGUUUUUGGGCGGGGCUCUUCUGUUAGCAACCCGGCUUUUUUGUUCUCUAAGUUGACGAAAAGAGUUUGUGAGGAAGCGUAGGUAGCCGGGAAGGGGGGGGAGGGGGGGGGGGGUACUCACAGUCGUGCACGCCGUAGUCGUUAGGCCAUUGACCUCGCAUCCCUACAAAGCCAGGACGGAGCACGCCGGGUUCUUACCGGACCAGGCUCGUGCAAGGGGGGGAGGGCUGGGGGCGUGCAUAUUAGGGAGCUCCCAAGGGUUGUAUACUAUUCUUUUUUUGUGAAUUCGUGGUAUUGCCCAUGUCCAUGCAUGCCGCGAUCGUUUCGGCCCUCUAUUUCUUUCGAUCAUUUUCUAGGAGUGCAAGAGUUCAAGGCUAUCCUCUGUAAUAGAUCAUGCCGAAGUAUCUCGUUUUCGUUUUACUCGUGUCUCGCCGCUAGAUAAACCGCUUGCUACGAUCGUCGAGCGUUAGUCGGGGCUCUUGUCGGAACAGGUUUUCGACAUGUUUUGGUCCCCUUGAGUUGUUUUCCGUUUCCUUCGAAACGGAAAAUUUCUGUAUGCAUAACACGUACAUCGGUCCCGCCGCCCGGCCGCUCCACCAACCUACUCUUGACCGACUCUCAAGAAGCCCACCUCGAGGUAUGACAAAUUUCUCACGGGAUCUCAAAGCAUGAUUGAUGAAGUUGGUCGGUGACCAUGCCUUACGUGCUCUUCACGUAACCGUCCGACACGUGCAAGGUUUCGUAGUGAUGUCGUGUUGGCGUCAUUGGACUUCGUGGUUUUCAGGGCGUUUGGAACACGGAGAGCAGAGAAGGGCACUACUACUGUACGUUAUGAGAAGGUAGAAGUGAUCCAUGUAGAGAUCCAAGACAUGAACCUUCACUUUGUACGGAGAGUACAUGCUUACGACCCCCACGUGAAGAGAUCUUCCACCUCUGAGCCGUGUGCUCCCUCCCACUUCACAGCGCUUGUCUCCGGCAACAAACGAAGCCGUUCUACAGUAGUUGCGAAUCGGUGUUGUUUCUGCCUUGAGGGGCAGAAGCAACAUGGAGACAGCUGUUGCCGCACCGCGAAGAAAUGUUGUGCCUGGGUGUGUACUUUGUAUCCUUGAUCUGUAUACACAUCUCCGCACCCGUCCACCAGCAGAAACCCCCGUGUACACUGCAUGAAUGAAACACAUCAGAUGAUCAUGGUUGCCCUCGGCAAUCGGUUGGUAUACGGGCAUCAAAUGGCUGAAAAAAACGCGGGACUCCGGAGAGACGCCGUGCCCACCGAAUUUCAUAGCGAAUAGCUGGAAGGGAGGCAUGUACAAGUAUAAACAUGCGUCUCUUUUUAUCACGCGCUUUUCAACAGGCAGUCCGACGAGGUCUGGCGGAACAAUGCGAAACAAGAGCCCAGGUGGAAAUCCCGGCUUUGCACCGUGGGGUCCCAGGCUUGACGCAAGGUUUUGCGUCGUCAAAACGGUAGAUGGUAGUCAUCAACAGCUCUCUCUGUCGGUUGGACAUGCAUGCGAGAACACAUCAGUACAAACGCGCCGCCGCCCCAGAAACUCUUGUUUUGCCCCGAGGCCCAAAUCUUAUUCCUAUUUUUCUCGCAGGAUUCAUCACGCGCACCUGUCUGUUCCAGUGGCCGAACUAAAUACGACAGCUACUUGUUUCGAAGCUUAAUUCUUGCUGAAACUUCCGGGUUUGCAAGUGGUGGCGGUGCGUACUGUAUUCCUUCCGUGAAGCUAUUAACAGAUGCCUAUUCUACUCUGCUUUAGCCCCAACGCUUCUGCGGCGCUUACCGGUUCGCAUGUGCUGUCUUGGAAUCAAUCCAGCUGCCCUUUCUAGCGAUCAAACAGCCUGCACGAAACCAGCCGCUCUCCCCCCGACUGCUCCGAACAGCCCCCCCGCAACACC